AUGCUGAUCACGUCACUCAAGAUCCAAACGUCACGCGUUGUACUCGCAUUCGGAUUCGUCACAUCACAGGAAGCAGAGUUUCCUCGGCGCGUGCACGAGAUCCAUGCAGCAGCACAUUGGACUUCGAUUCGUGUUCCAGUGAGUUCGCAAUCGUCGGAAGCAAUAGGAAAUAAGUGUUCUGUAAACUCUCAUAAGACAGAACAGUGCCACAUUCUCCAGCAGACUUUCCCCUACCACAACGUGGACCUCAUCGUGGCCAGCCCACUCAAGCGCACCAUCUACACUGCUCUCCUCGGAUUCGAGGAUGUGCUCAAGAACAACACAAAUCUGAAGGUGAUCUGCAUGCCCGAGCUACAGGAAACAUCAGAUCUCCCGUGCGACACCGGCAGCUCGUUGGAGGUGCUUGCGAAGGAGUUCGAGGGCAAGCCCGUGGACUUGUCACUCGUGACCCCCGGCUGGAAUGACAAGAAAGGCAAGUGGGCGCCAAACCCAGACGCCAUCAACGAGCGCGCGCAAGCGGCGAGAAAGUGGCUCAUGGCGAGGCCAGAGAAGGCAAUUGUGCUCGUUACUCACGGCGGUUUCCUCCACUACUUCACCGAAGACUGGGCCGACGUGCAGAAGUUCGCAGGGACAGGUUGGGCGAACACGGAAGUUCGCAGCUUCAAUUUCGCCAUCAACGAGUCGGAUCCAGCCCACUUGAUCGAAACAGAAGCCUCUCGCAGCAAGAGAGAACAGAAGCCAGUGGACAAGGAAGCACGCGUCCCACUCUCGCUGUCAGCCGCCAAUGACAAAGAUCGCGGCGGCAGCGGACACGUACAGGCAAGCCAGGCUCAGGCGAAGAUGGAGCGGAGAAGGGAAGACAUCUCCAGUGGCUACUCUUUCUGA